GUUCUUGAACUCAUCACUUCAUAAAACUAAAGUCUUCAUUCAUAUCAAAAUGGAGGGACUCAUCAAUUAUUUGGUAGUGGUUACUUAACAUCUCCAUUGAAAUUAUUCUUGCAUCAGCAGUUAUUUUUGCAGUAUUAAGAGUAGCGCUGAGCUCAAUCAAUAUUCAUCCUAUCAGAUCAGAAGUGAGUUCAAAACUGCAGGUAAAAGGAAGGUAAAAUGCAAACUUUUUCAGUUUUUGCGGCACUAAUUGAAGUUCCAACCUAAACGAUGAACUGAAUGGUCGUUCAAGUCUUUUAUCAAGCAGGUGGCGUGCGGCAGCAAAGCUUAUCAUCUCAGAAUCCAUUAAUUAGGAUAAAAACCCUUUCAUAUUCACCAAAAGCUCAACUGCCCUUAGGGAAUCAGUGGACAGUCCCAAUUUACUUCCAAUUCAACCGUUGAUUUUGAUUAGUUUCAAUUAACUGCUACAAUUAUAGUUACAGUGUUGAUAUAUCUAUAUCAUCCCAAAAUCAGUUAGUAAUCACGUCCAACAAUUCAAGGAUCAAGUGUUCUCGCUGCGUACCUUCUUCCGCACACCUGCAGGAGGACAUGUGUAAGCUUGAAAGUUGAUUUUUGCAGUUUUUGGGGCUCUAAAUGAAGUGGGCACCAGAACGAUGGACAGAAUGGCCGUUCAAGUCUUUCAUUGAGCAUGUGGCGUGCAGAAACAUAGGUUAUUUUUGCAGAAUUAUUUCACUAGACUUCAAAGUCGUGUUUCUCUCUCUUUUUCCAAUUCAAAGCAUUAGUUCGAAUUGUUUUCCACCAAUUAUUUGUUAGUCAAAUCUAAACAUUCAUAUGAAAUCAGCUGUAUUAGCUGGAGCUCCAUUAUUGCUGAUUUUCAAUGUUCACGUUCUUCUUAACAUCUUGAAAAGUUUUGUCCGUUUUGCGCACUCGAUGUCAUAUAAUAAUAGGUGUCAUUAUCUGAUUAAUUGAAGUAAACCAUCUGCUUUGAAUAUCAACAUUCACAUCACAUCUCUGAGCUCAAUCAUCAGCAAAAGGUAUGUUCUUCAUAUUUGUUUUCCACAGAAUCAUCUAAUUAUUGUCUCUCCUUGUAAUAUAUUGUAUUCAAUAAUCAUAUAAUGAAAAUCUCUUGCCUGGCAUUGCUUCCGCUAGUGGAGAGAUGGCGACUGAAACCAAACUCCAUUAAUUUAGUGUCUGUCCCUACUGGAUUCAUAUAUAGUGGUGAAUAAUUAGACAGCCAAAGGAGACUUGAAAAAGUUGACAGUUGACUUGGAACACUUUUAAAGAUGGCCAGCCAACAUGUUAUUGUUAUCUACUGGGAAAGAACACAUCUGCAUUAUGAGCCUUGCAUAAUAACACUUUUGCCUUCAUCCACAUAUGCAACACGAAUCGAUUACUUCGCUCGUGAAACAUUCUGAUUCAGUACAGGGUACAUUGCAUAUUAUUCAUGGGAACUGAAUUUGUAUGCUUCAUUUUCAGAGCAUUAGGUUGAUGGAUUGAUUUUGAAUAUCUACAUCUACAUAAAAUCUACCAAAAAAGCAAGUAAAAGGUAUGUUCUUGAUAUUUGUUUUAUGCAAAAUCAUCUAAUUAUUGCAAUGACCGUUGAAUUGGGGAGCUUGAAUGGGCUUAGGAUUAGGACUUGGUUGUUUCUCAUUGUGUUUUGCAUUCGAAAACUAUAUACAGUGAAAAUGUCUGCCUUGACAUUGCCGACGUGCGUGGUUUUGUAGAGACGAACUCGUGUUCUGUAUUGUUUCUGUGAUGUACGUUGUUUCGCAAGAAUAACUGUAGUUGAAACUGGAUUUUCAUUGAAACUCUGCAGGCUAAAGGUGAAGAAUGAGGUUUCUCUUUAUUACACUCUCUGUCUUUUCCUGGCUAUGCCUAACCGUAACUGCCAUAUCUUUGUCGAAGCCUGGUUGCCCCGAAAAGUGUGGGAAUGUAACCAUUCCGUAUCCUUUUGGGGUUGGUUCCAAAUGCAGUGCAAAAUGUGUUAUUGAUUCCACUGAAUGCAAAGAAGCAUUCUACACAAUUAUCUGCCAUAAUUCGUCCACUCCAUUCUUGAGCAUCAUCAAUAUGGAAGUGGUGAAGAUUUCGCUGUAUGGAACGUUGAUUGUAAAGCUGCCCGUGUCGCCUAUGAAUUGCUCAGAUAAGCAGACAACUGUCCCUGUGCCUAUUUCACUUCGUGGCAGCCCUUUUACGAUCUCAGCACACUACAAUUCUUUAUUUGUGCUGGGCUGCAUGAGUUCAGUCUGGCUGCGUUCUGAGACGAUGCAGACAGUUGGAGGAUGCACGGCUAUCUGUGAUGGGAAUUCCACGGACACGAGCUGCAGUGGUGUUAACUGCUGCCAAACGAAUAUACCGGAACGACCACAAGAGUUGGAGUAUACUUAUCGAAGCAUUGAAGGGAGCAAUAAGAGUAGAUUUUGUGGCUAUGCUUUUCCUGCUGACAAGAAAUGGAUACAGAAUGCUUACACGUUUCAUAGUGGCCUAAAUCAAGAUCCGUUGAAUCCAUAUGACGCGGGAUUCAGAUUUGCACAACUGGUGAUUGAUUGGGAGCACAUUGGAUUCGAAGACUUCCAUGACAAUUCUGUUUGCAAAACGCUGCCUGAAGGUCGCAGUGAUGAAUACAUUGAUGAUUACUACACACCGCGUUAUGAUACUACUGGAAACAACUAUGUAUCAUCGACUAGAUACUGCUCUUGUCGUGAUGGUUUCGAAGGGAAUCCGUAUCUAGGCCCUGAAGAAGGAUGCAUUGAUGUAAAUGAAUGCAGCAACUCAACAUUGAACAUAUGUGGUGGUAAUGGGACUUGCAUCAAUACAAUCGGAGGCUUCACUUGUCGGAAAAGAUCUGCUGCCAAAAUAGUGAUUAUCAGUGUUGGCAGCGCGGCUGGAGGGCUGGUUUUGUUACUCGGGGCGUUUUUUGCCACUAGAACUAUGAGGAAAAGAAUGAAGGAUAAACACAAACUCAAGUGUUUAGCCUUAUUGUUGGAACAGCAGUUGUCGUCCGUGGAUAAUGGCCUUGAGAAAACUAGGUUGUUCAGUUCGAAAGAGCUAUCAAGAGCUACUGAUUUUUAUAAUGAGAAUCGGAUACUUGGCCGUGGAGGUCAAGGCACUGUCUACAAAGGAAUGCUGACUAAUGGAAGGAUUGUUGCAGUCAAGAAGUCGAAGAAGGUGGAAGAAGUAGAUCUUGAAGCAUUCAUCAACGAGGUUGUCAUUCUCUCACAGAUUAAUCAUAGGAAUGUGGUCAAAUUAUUGGGAUGUUGUCUUGAGACUGAAGUUCCUCUCCUCGUCUACGAGUUCAUCCAAAACGGCACUCUCCACCAACACAUCCAUGAUCCUAAUGAGGAAUUCCCAUUAUCAUGGGAGUUGAGAGUUAGGAUUGCAAGAGAAGUAGCUGGAGCACUCGCUUACUUGCAUUCUUCUUCGUCUGCACCUAUCUAUCACCGCGAUAUCAAGUCAUCGAACAUACUUUUGGAUGACAAAUACCGCGCCAAAGUCUCGGAUUUUGGGAUAUCAAGAUCAAUUUCUGUUGAUCAAACUCACCUGACCACGCGUGUGCAAGGAACCUUUGGCUAUUUGGAUCCGGAGUAUUUCCAGUCAAGUCAGUUCACAGAAAAGAGCGAUGUCUAUAGCUUUGGCGUGGUUGUGGUUGAGCUUUUAACCGGAGAGAAAGCAGUGUCAGCAAUCAGAGCUGCAGAGGGGAGGGGUUUGGCUGCACACUUCUUGCAUUCCAUGGAGGAAAACCAGCUGUUUAAUAUACUCGAUGCCAGGGUGAUCAAAGAGGGCACAAAGGAAGAUAUUCUUGCUAUAGCUGAACUUUCUCGAAGAUGUCUGCAUCCGAACGGUAAGAGAAGACCAACGAUGAAGGAAGUUGCAGUUGAGUUGGAAGGCAAACGUUUACUCGAAGAAGGAAACUUUCAACAAGAAGAAGGUGAAGAACGCAAUAUUGUUGAAGUUGAUGAGUCUGAUGAAUUCUCCUUCACCUCAGAAAGCAGAGGUGGUGAUACAAUCACUCAAUAGUUAUAAGCAGAUGAAGAAAACUCAAUCUCUUGGAAUAUUACUAUAUACAUGACUGCUGCAUUACUACCAUUUCUGUAACAGGUCAGGAUAAAAAAGUGUUACUGAAGUUUUCUUGAAUUCAAACAAAAUUUCCGAUUCAAAUUA